AUGCGUGAUCGAGCAGCAAAAUUACAAAAAGAAAAAGAACGUGAUGAACGAAAACAACAGGGUCGUGAAAGAAAACAAAAAGGUGAACAUGACAAAGUUCUCAAUGCUAUUCGUCAACGAAAUAUUCAUUUACAAGAAGAUCCAAGUAUUGAUAUAUUUAAUAUAAAUGCAAAUCCAGCUGGUAGUUGUGUGCAAUUAAAUGAAUCCAAUCAAUUAUUGACAUUUCCUGUUGUUUUUCUCUAUCCAGAAUAUAUACAAACGGAUUAUAUCAAAGAAUUUCAUGAAAAUACAAAACUUAGUGAUCAAUUAUCUGUUAUGUUCGAAUCUCGUCCACCUUGGGAUGAAGAAGGAAAAUAUACAUUAGAUCGAAUUGGAAUCUAUUAUGAAGAUCGUAAUAAACAUGAAUUAAAAAUGAUUUCAUCCAAUAAAACAUUACUUGAAGUACUUCAAUUACCAGGAUAUAUUGUUCAACUUGGUAUGCCAAGUUUUAUAAUCAUGGUUCCUGAUUCACCAUUUGCUAAGCAUUAUUUAAAAAUGUAUUCAACUUUGUGA